GUCUAGUCUAGAGUUUAGUGUACCUGUGGUAAUUUGUCCAGAACGGAUUGACACCAAGCAAUUCGAGUUUGAAAGAUGUGGUUUCACAAAGAAUCAUCUGAAAGCAAGGAACGUGUUCGGCUUUCUAAGUCGCUCAGUGAAGGAGAGGUUAAAUAUGUGCAAGAGAGAAUGGUGAUUGUUGAGAAAUGCCUAAAGGACCAUGGAAUCAAAUGUGGAUCGAAUAAUGUCCCUCGCAUUGCUGUUCUGGGUUCAGGUGGGGGGCAGAGGGCCAUGGUUGGCCUACUGGGCUGCCUGGACCAGAUGUAUCAUGCAAAGCUACUUGACUGUGCCCUCUACCUGUGCGGAGUCUCGGGAUCAACCUGGUGUAUGACCUCAAUGUAUGAAGAUCCUGCCUGGUCCACAAAGGUUCCCAGUAUAAUUGAAAGUCUGGUCAAGAGAUUAACAGAGACUGAUAUCGAUCUGUCAGAAUUAACAAAUUGGUUGUCUCAAGCAAUUGAAGAUGAGAACUUCUCCCUAACGGACUUCUGGGCUGCUACUGUAGUUUAUGGCUUUGUAAAAAAGAUAAACACCACCUGUCUCUCAGAUUUGAAAAAUAUGAAACCAACAAACCCAUACCCCAUCUACACGGUGAAUGACCAGGGUCUAAAAGACAAGGGGGAUAAAGUAGCCUGCUGGUUUGAGCUCAGUCCUCAUGAAGUUGGUUAUUCUCAUCUGGGCGCCUAUGUGGACACGUCCACCUGCAGGAGCCAGUUUGAAGGCGGGGUGCUCAAGCAGAGAACCUCAGAGAGGGACAUGCUGUAUUUGCAAGGUCUGUGUGGCAGUGCACUGGCAGAUGGGGAGGAAAACGUCAACCAUAUUAAGAACAGCAUUUGGCAGUGGCUUAAGGAAAUUUACAAAUCAGGAAGUGAACAAAAAGCAAAGGAUUCUGCUGAAAAAACAAAAAAACAAAAAGGAAAACCGAAAGGAAAGGGAAAAGGAAAAGAGAUGGAAAAAGGGAAAGAAAAUGAAAAGAAAAAAGGAACGGAUAAAGAAAAAGUUAUAGAAAAAGGUAAAGAAAAAGAAAAGGAAAAAUCAAUGGCUAAAGUAAAAGGAACAGAAAAAGGGAAAGAAAAAGAAAGUUCCUUCUUCGGUCACCUGCUUGGGUAUGACGAUGAAGAAAAAGAAAAAAAGGAAGAAAAAGAAGAAGGAGGGUAUGGAAAUGAGGAAAAAGAAGAAGAAAAAGAAGAAAAAAAAGAAGAAAGCAAGGCAGAAGAAAAGGGAGGUUUCUUCAGUCGUAUUCUCGGGUAUGGACAUGACAAAGAAGAAGACAAAAAAGAAGAAGAAGAUGAUGAUGAUGAAGAAGGAGUCCAUCUGGACGACAUGGCAAGUGAAACGGUGGAAAGUAUACUACACCUGUUUGACUGUGAUGAUGAGGAGGAGAGCGCCCAGCACGUGCAGAAAAUACAUAAGAACAUGUCAGGCGUAGAUUCGGAACAUGCCAAGAAACCUGAGAAAAACAUGGCGGGAAAGAGCAAAGAGGAGAAACAUGAGUCUCUUGCAGAUUACCAAGGUCACUCUGAAGACUAUGUCACUGUUGAGCACCUGGACCUGGGGCACGAAAUAUAA